GCGAAAGAGAGGGGCGGCGCUGUGAAAAUGUAAAAGAAAAAAAGAAAAGAAAAGAAAGGAAGGUUGACGUGGUAGUUGGUAGGUAGAAGCAGAAGGCUAUGCUGGAAGCAUGGGUGAAACCGUGAAAAUUUAAAGGAAACUUUUGUAUCACUUUCUCCUGAAAAAAAUCACCCCUAUUCACCCCUAUGAGGCAUGGAAACCAUGACUCUGGUUCAAUUGCAACUUAGUAUGAUUGGUGGAACUUUAGUGCCAGAGGUGUCAGCGUGGGUAGAAGCAGGUAGAAGACCUAGUGAUUGCAGAGAUGUCGUUCAGAUUUUAGCCAAAGCAGUAGUGUUUGAAACUUAUGAUUCUUGCAGGCUUUUCAAUGAUUUAAAUCAGGUUUGCCAUCAUUUUCUGUUGCAAUGGAAUUAUGAUAUCUUAAUUAGAAUAUGAUUUCAACAUCAAAUGCACCUCAAGAGCAAACUGCCACUUUCUUUAUGUUGGAUAGCUAUUAUGUAAUUUAUGUUGCUUUUUUUCAGUUGCAUUGUUUGAUUUUCAGUAGCAUUUUAAGAAUCUUGAUGCCUUGACCUUGACCCAACAAGCUUGAACCUGUCUUAGUCUUAUGUACUAUGCCAUCGUUACAUGUAUGACCUGAAGCGAACUUUUGAAGAAAGAAGUUUGGGUCAAUUCGUUCAUGUAAGGAACUGUAUUUACUUAAUGUUUUACUAAAUGUUGAUCAAAUAUCUUAACAUAGAAGUUCCAAGUAGGAAGAAAGCUAAAUAUUCCACAAUUAAUUAGCUCAACGGUGAGUGUUCAUAAAGGUUAAAGGAACCCAUCCUAAUUAGAAACCCUUUCAGCCUGAUAGUGAGUCACUCUAGUAUGUAGCUGAUUAAUGAACCAUGCACUUUGUCAACCUCUUUCGACAAAAUGAUCUUACUUUUGAAACGUUUGCAGCAAAUUUGCCGAAACCAUUUUCUCGUCCCGCCUUUUUGAAAAUAAGAUGGCCGAACCUCUACCAGCAGCCAAUAGCAUUUGAGGGACAAGAGGUUGGGUAAAGAGAAGGAGAAAGUCCAUUUCAGUGGCCAUUUUGUCUAAACAUGUGAUGUAGCAACUUGCAUUCCCUGUACACAAAGCUAUCAUCCUUUUUGCCGAUAUUCAGGAAAUUGUAUGCUGAUCUGAGACUUCCAAGUUAUUCGACGAAAUUACUUUAUGGAGCACUUGCAGACAUUCUGAAUAGCACUGUAAAGUAUGUGAGCAUGCUUUGUUAAUUAAUAGAAAUAUUUCAGGUUACUUUAGACGACCAGAAUUAGGGAUGCUCAUUGUGAGGCCUGUUUGUUCAAGAAAUUGAAAUGCCAUACUUAAACUGGUUAAAACAAAGCAGGAAUUUCUGGUGGAUUAAGUAACUGCUAUGCUUAAAAUGUUUUGCUUGAGAUCAAACAAAGUGAAAGUUAUCUGGGCUCAAGAUUGGGAAUGUUGAAUUGAUGCAUAAAUCAUGUAAUGUCCAGUACUGCACGAUUUUGCUGCCCAUUAGUUUUCAAGUAGAGAUUUACUUCCAGAAAAUGAAUGCUUUUGUCUUUUGUUUUUUUUUGUUUAUAGUUGAUCUUGUAGAUAAUAUAUAAUGCUUAUUAGUGUAGACAGUUGCAAUGUACUUUCAGUAUUGCAGGCAAAUCAGAUUGUCAAAGAAGAGGUUCCAAAUAUCAAAGCUGGAUAUAGUUUUGGUUGCUUUUUGCUUUGCAGGUGUGAUUAGUAAAUUAAAAUUAGUAUUGGGAUAUUAAAUAAGUUUUUAAGUAUCAGUUAGAGUACUAACUGAUACUUGAAAAUUUAUUGAAUGUUUUCAUAAGUAGUCGUAAGUAAUGAAUGUUUACAUGUAGUCGUAAGGUAUUGCUUCAUUUUUACACAGUUGUUAUGUAGCAGACUGGUCUUACCUUUGCAAUUCUUAUUUUGACUAAUCUACAUUACCCCACUAGGGAAAUUUUACAAUGGACACAGGGAAAUUACAGUGAAAAGUUUCUAUAGACCUAUUCGUGUUGCGGACUGUGACGGCCAUGAAGAUGACAAAACGUCAGUAAAUCCCUUUGACCGAAGAUGGAAUUAGCGAUAAAAUAGGCUAAAAUUGAUAAAAAGUUCUGUUUUGUUUUCUAAGUGUAUUCGCGCAAACGUCACCUUUCUCUUCCCGUUGGGUUAAUAGUUUCUGUCAGUAUAAAGCUAACAGACGAUGACAAUGAGAACAACUGAAAGGAAAAUGAACAGAGAGAGGCAGCUAUUCCUACAGCCGGCGUCUGGACGAGUUGGGCCAGGAUCAUUGGAUCAUUGAAACUGCAUGAGAGCGGUCUGUCAGUUUAUCUUAUAAAGCAGACAGCCCGUUCUCACCCAGAACCCGCUGAUGACCUGACGGGGAGCGGUCCGCUCCUUACUAAUGGAAAAGCAGUUUUCAAAUUCCAAUAAUGUUUGGCAUGAUUGAAAUCUUUUACUGGAAAUUCUUCAUCGUCUGUCUUGAAGAUUAUUCUGUCUUGACAUGGUAAAGAUUCCAUGAAAAUGGAUGGAUUUCCUUUUCCGAAUGAUAUCCGUUAAUUAUAAUUGGUUUUGUAUGGAAAAAGAAAUAAUGGCCAUCUUUUGCUAGGUUCAAUGGAUUGAGGUGAUUAUCCAGAAAACAAGCCGCUGAAUUAUUUUUGUCAAAUUAAAAUUGUCAAAGGCCAUAAUGUUGUGAGCAUAAGUACUGAUCCCCAUGGAGACCUGUGUAUUGUCGCUCCAGUAACUUAUUUGUUACAAACUCUAAUGAAAAUCGAGACGUCGUAAAUUAUGAAAUAAGCCGAAGUAGAACGCAGUCAAUGAUAGUUAAUUUUAUGGCAGACUUGUAAAAGCCAUUGUGGACCGCAGUAUUUGUUCGAUACAGUACAAUAUCGUCAGCAUCUGUCAACAGACAUCAAAUGCAUAAUCCAUUAAAUUACUUGUUCUUGCUGAUCACUUAUGGCAUUAGCUUGCUCAGUUGACUUUGGAUCAUUCGUCCCACCAGCAAGCUCGUAAGGCUCGAACAACAAAGGAGAAAAGAAACGAAUGCAGUCGACUAUGAAAACAUCCUGGAAAAUUUUGGCAAAACAAGGAACUUGCAGCUUAGAACAUUUCUAUGGCUUUGUUUACCGGCCUUCUUUCCGGGAAUUGUCGUGAUGUCGUACACCUUCAUAGGAGGAACGCCCAAUUAUAGAUGUAUCGUGGAAGAUUGUGAUGAAAAUGUUACAUUUUUUUCGAGUAAUGGCUCAUCUUUCGCUCCCACAUGGCUGAAACAAGUGGUUCCUUUGCAUAGGGAAGAGGCAAUAGCCCAAUGUCAUCUGUAUAACAUUACGUUAUACAGAUUAACCAAUUGACAGAUACAGAUUACUGAUUGACCAAUUUGAAACAGUGUGAUCUCAACCAUUCCAUCCAUGACACGUUCCUGAAAAAGUGCAGCCGUUGGGUUUAUGAUACCUCUGUAUUCCGUUCAACCAUAGUCAGUGAUUUCGAGUUAACGUGCGAAAAUGAAUGGAAACAAACUGGCCAGCAGCCUGUUUAUAUUAGGAAUGUUGAUCGGAGCAGUUAGCAUUGGUUACAUCGGUGAUAGUAUCGGACGAAGGAAAACCUUUACGCUGAACGUAUUUACACUUGCGAUCGUAACGACAGCUUCUGCAUUUUCACCUGAUUGGAUAACAUUCUGCUCAUUGAGAUUUUUCUCAGAAAUUGGCGCUUCUGGCCACUUCCUAAUCACCUUUGUUUGGGGAGUUGAAGCCGCCGGGAACAAGUACAGAGUUACUUGCGGAUUCAUUUACCAAAUUGUUUAUGCAGCAGGAUCUGCUUGUCUGGGUGUAGUGGCUUAUUUCGUUCGAGACUGGAGGGUACUUCAGCUUCUCAUUAGCAUUCCCAUAGACACCCUGUUACUUGAGGCAAGUAAUGUGUAUGUACUGUAUAGGAUAUUACCAGAAUCGAUUAGGUGGCUGAUAACAAAGAAACAUUAUCCUCAAGUGAAACAAUUUCUGUUGCGGGAAAUUGGUAGGAAUGAAAUCCACGUUCCUGACUACGUUUUAGCUUCUCGUCGCGGAGAAACUAGACGCAAUCUUGAAAACUCGCCAUUUGGAAAUAUUUCCACGAUAGAAUUAAGUUCAGUACGAGCUGGGAGCGAUUAUUCAAGAUAUUUAGAAAAAGCUAAAGUUGAGAGCUUGGCCGAUAUUUUCCGCUCAAACAUUUUGAUGGUCCGACUAAUGAUUAUUUCCAUGGCAUGGAUUGCUGGGGUGAUGGGUUACUACGGUAUAACUUAUUCGGCAGGAAACCUAGUCGGAAACUUUUACAUCAACUACGGACUUUCUAUGCAAGUGCUAAAGCUAGUUGAAAUUCCUGCCUACUUAUUGGGCAUGAUUGUAGUGGAAAAAAUUGGGCGAAGACCUAUGCUAACCUGUGGUUUACUAGUCAGCGGUCUUUGCUGCCUCAUAGCCGGUUUGCUACCCGUUGAAUGGGCAUCUGCCAAAAGAGUGUUUUCGCUGAUUGCUAAGCUGUUUGCUGCCUGCGUCACAGCUACACUCUACUCAUAUACUUCGGAGCUGUUUCCCACUUUCGGCAGAAGUGCAAUGGUCGGUUUAUGCUCAACUUGCGGCCGUAUAGGAGGGAUAUUAGCCCCCAUCAUCUCGGAUUGGGGGAAGAAAACUGAUGUUCACGCCAGCAUACCUUUCUUGGUUUUUGCCACCAUAAACAUAUUAGUUGGGCUCCUAUGUUUUCUACUUCCGGAGACCAAAAUGAUUUCCUUCCCAGCUACAAUAAAGGAAGCUAACGAAAUGAAACCGGCAUUCCUAGCGAAUGUUUUGCAAGCAAAAUAUCGAAAGGUCGAGCAUCAGGAAAGGCACUAAUAAGAUUGAUUUUACAAUUUUAUACUUGGAAAAACCAGAAAUUUGUGAUACCUGAUAAUAUCUGGCGAUAUGUACAUUUUCACAUUUUCGUUUCUACACUUAGUUUACCUUUCGUCUACCACAGACGAUAGAACCAAAAAAAUAGAGAUAUGGUAAGGAA